GUCAAAGCACAUCAAUAUCUGGCAUGGGGAAAAGCCCAGUUUAGCAAGACGACUUACGUUCUUCGCUCUCCUAAAAGCAGCGUAAGAUUAUUUAAAGUCGUUGAACUCCCUACUCUACAGUACUCCUCGAGUUCAAGAAAAUGUAAGAAAGCCUCACAAAUCUUUGUUUGAACACUUAAUUCCUUUGUUUGAUUCGUUCCUUCUCUUUCUCAGGAUUUAACCAUGGCAAUCUAUUUAUCUCUACCAAUACUCGAUGAACUAGUUCGGUUAGUCGAAAAUGAUUCUACCUAUGGAAGACGCAGUAAAGGCAAUGGCUUCCGGAAUUCUCAACUACUAUUUUCCAGCGGCCAACGGUUGGACGGUCGCUCCCGAACAAAAUUGAAAUGACAAAUACGCCGACUUCAUCAUCCUUCGCAUUCAGCGGCGUUUCCCUGGAGACCGAGGCGUCAUUGAUCACACAGUGGCUGAGGCGAAGCGUACAAGCGAUGCGUUACAGGCCUCCCUGGAACAACUCGAAAAUGCAGUUGAGCACGGCCUGAAAAUUCUAGGAGCUUUCUGCAGAAAGUUUACAUCGGCGUAAUCAGAAAGGCCGAUGUAAAAAAUGUGA